CUUUGUAUUUCAAACGACACCAAAUGGAAAACUUUCUUUUUGACGAUAUAAUGACUGAGAAUAAUCUCUUCCAGGAGUUCGACCAACAAAGUCAAAGUUCUCUCCUCGAUGUCAUGGUGGAUGCCAUGAUGGAUCCUAUCAAAGAAGAACUCCCAGCCAUUGCUCAAUUAGACAAUUUAAAGAGUCUUGAGCCUCACAAGCAUGACCAUAUCCAAGCUCACGAGUCUAUCGACCAGGGCCUGUUUUGCUUAGAUCCACAUGUUAAAGAGCCUGUUGAAGAUCUCAUGGUCAGAGAUAGCUCCAAAGCCACUAGCUCAACUGCAAAAGUGACACCUGAAAUGAAGAUAUUCAAAAUAUCUAAUUGACCACAGAAAAAUGGUGGCCAGCUUAGUUCCCAAUCAAAGGUUGAUACAAACAAAGAAGCCAUGCCUAUCAAAGACGAUCACACUGAAAUUGACUCUAAUGAAGUUGUGAUUGCAGUACCAGAGCCGAAGUCAGUUAAAAGACCCCGAAGAGAUGUCACAUACAAGACCAUUCUCAGAAAGUGCAGAAAGUACUACCAGACCAGAUUCAACCACCACACUGGUUAUCUCAAAAACAAGAAGAAGGAACCCUGCAGCUUCUACAGAGCCUGCAUCCUCAAGUUUAUCGACUCUUACUUCGAGUACAACACACACCUCAACGUGAGUUUCCACCUGGGGUGUCUGCUGUAUCCGCAAGAGAUGACCAGAGGCAUCGAGAGCUUUGUGUACCCAGAUGGGGUCAAAACAUUCACUCCGAAGAAAGUUGUGAAGCGCAAGAUUGAGACUCACAAGCAGCAAGUUGAUAAACUGCACAGCAUUCUGUACAAGUUCACUCAUGAAAAGCUCGACAAGUUCAUAUCUGUUCCGGAACUGGCUGCAAUCUUUGUCAACUUCAUCCAGAAUGGAGCUGGCAAAGAUGUGGCCAGCCAAGAGUUCAAAGCUGAGUAUGACGACUUGCUGAAAAGAUGCCUGAAGACUCUUUCGAAGUGAAAGAAAGUCAAAGGAGUCGCCACUCUGUUCGAUUAAGCAUGGACUUCAUCGGCAGUUUGGCCAUAUUUUAUUUAUCAGGAGUAACCUCCUCACAUAAUUAAUAUAAACAUUCGGAUAUUCUUGCUCGUUCCUUUCCCAGUUCUUCGUAAGUAUAAUAAUCUUGGGAGAUGCAUACUUGCAUCGGGAUUUCUGGUGACUAAAGUACAAUUUUUCAUUCAAUCUGGUCUUUAUUCUAAUUAUGAAUUUACCAAUCUACAAUAAUUUUUCUUCGACCCUUUUAUGACCAUAGAGAAAAUUUUGGAUUUUCACUAUAAUUUUUCUUCCGAAGAAAGCUUUUCUGGAAGAAUUUUCACCCUACACUAACAGAAAAAAUUUUUAUAUAGGAAUGACAUCACAAGCUUUAGAUCUUCAAUUCUACCUUUGCUCAUCAUUUUAGCUGUCUAAACUUCACUAAGGAUGAAGUAGAAGGUGGUAGAGUUGUUUGGAGCGAACUGCACCAAAAUGUGUCCUAUUUAAUACCUUUAUUUUAACAACAAGAUUGCCAUUCAAUCUGCUCUGAGAAGGAUUAAAAACAAGAAACUUAUAUUAGAUAUCUAGUUCAACGCCUCAUUGUCCAGAUUUUGGGUUAAUUUUAGCGACAGUAACAAGAUUCUCGUCUUAAAGCGUCCCUCCCCAUAUUGUUCAAUACUUAUAGAUAUGUCGAACCAUCGGUUUGAGAAUCUGCUCAGAGGUAAGAUUCGAGGCAUUUGAAAGGCCACCAUUUAUUGGACGAUACAAUUGUGAAAACAGUGAGAAAUCUCUCUGUGGCAAGUACGCUUUUGUUCAAUUCGAAACUC